UGGAACAUUUUCAACCAUAAAAACAGACGGAGAACAAUAAAUCACUGAUCAUAAGAAUCUCUUUACCUUCCAUGAUGGAAGCUUCACCGCUGUGAGCAGAUCAGCAUCUCGUCCUACUUGUUCACAGGAGAGGAUUUCCCGGAAAGACGGGUUUGGAAAUUAUGGGGUUCGGGGAUCUGUUUCUUGUUGCUCUAGAACCUGUCCUGAAGGUGCUGAUAAUCACCGGAGUUGGCUCCUUCCUCGCUCUCAAGCGUAUAGAUCUCUUGGGACCUAGCGCGAGGCACCACCUCAAUAAUAUUGUAUACUAUGUGUUUGGUCCUGCUAUGGUAGCGAGUUACUUAGCCGAAACGAUCACAAUGGAAAGUCUGUUGCAGCUAUGGUUUAUGCCCGUGAACAUCCUGCUCACAUUUGUAAUCGGGUCCAUACUCGCAUGGAUGCUGAACAAAAUAGCAAGAACUCCUCAACAUUUACGGGGACUCGUUGUCGGCUGCUGUUCGGCAGGAAAUUUGGGGAACUUGCUUCUGAUUAUUAUCCCGGGGGUCUGCAACGAGUCCAAUAGCCCGUUCGGAGAUCCAUCACUCUGCACUGCUUCGGGAAAUGCUUAUGUUUCACUAUCCAUGGCGAUAGGCGGGAUUUAUAUCUGGUCCUACGUAUACAUCAUAAUGAGAAUAUCGAUCAAUAAGAACAUCAACCCUGACAAGAGCGGGGAGAAUGUCGAAUCAUCUCCCAGGGAAAUCUCAGGAAGCUCUACUGAGAGUUCAACAGAACCUCUUCUUCCUUCGGUUGUCUGUGAAUCUAACUCUACCGUAGUUCAAUUGCCUCAUGAAGAAUCGUCGGAAAAGGUUUCGGUUGGUUGUAGAUUUAAGCAGAAGAUUAGGGGGUUUAUGGGAGAAAUCAACCUGAAGAUGCUGUUUGCCCCAUCAACGAUUGCAGCGAUUUUCGGGUUUACCAUUGGAACGGUCCCUCUGUUGCGAAACGCAGUUAUUGGCGAUGAUGCCCCUUUGCGGGUGGUGGAAAGUUCGAUAUAUUUACUCGGAGAGGCUUGUAUCCCCGCUUUAACACUGAUCAUCGGAGCGAACCUCCUCAAAGGUUUAAGAAGCUCAGGAGUUGGCGCAAUGGUAGUGCUGGGGAUAAUACUUGUUCGGUAUGUUGCAUUGCCCCUGAUAGGCAUUGUUGUUAUUAAAGCCGCCCGUAGCCUCGGACUGGUUGGGGCAGACUCGUUGUAUCAGUUCAUUCUCAUGCUCCAAUUCGCCCUUCCACCAGCAAUGAGCGUCGGUACCAUUUCUCAAUUGUUCGAGGCAGGUGAGAGCGAAUGCUCGGUCAUUAUGCUAUGGACCUACGUGGUGGCUGUUCUCUCAUUUACACUUUGGUCGACGUUCUACAUGUGGCUCGUGGCCUGAAUCUUCUUAACCUUUAUUUGAAAACAAUUUUGUUCACUUCUCGAUUGGCUACCAUGGCUCCAUUUCUUUUUCCAGCAUGAGCCUUAUUCAUGUCACAAUCGCCGUAGUUAGAUCAAAACAUAAUGCAAGAGAUGAUUGUACUAUAGUCUAUACGUAUCUUACUAUCAGCUUGCUGUUCGAUAUGCCCGUAACAAUAAUACAGUUGCUUUCCGAUA